AGAAAGAAAGAAAGGAAAAUUAUGGGGUUCGAAAUAGAGAAAUUCGUAUCUACGGUGGAAGACGAAAAAAAAUGUAAACUCUGCUCGGGUGUUUUGGAAAAUCCUCUUCGCACCCCGUGUGGACAUGUGUUCUGCUCUGGGUGUAUUGUACCGUGGGUCAUUAGGAACGGUUCAUGUCCGGAAAACUGUACUCCGGGUGUUUUUUUACGUCCGGAAAAUCUCGAAGCGGUUGUUCCGUUACAACAAUUGAUAUCCGAUAUGCAGGUAAAGUGUGAGUUUGCUGAUCGUGGUUGUCCUUUGAUAGUACCGCUAACCAUGAUGGUAAACCAUUCGCAAAGUUGCGGUUACCGCCCGCUCUGCUGCCGUAAUCCAGGUUGUUCGAGCGUGGUUAACGCCCGCCAUUUAACCUCACAUGAAUUACACGAAUGCGGGAGCCGUACCGUGGGCAUAUGCGACAAAGGGUGCGACCUUGAGCUGCAACAGAAAUCGGUCGACUGUCACGAAUGUGUGCAAGCCCUGAAGAGCCAUAUUGCCGAGAAGGAAGUGAGAACUGGUGCGCUGGAGGCUGAGAUGCGCCGGCUUCAGGCCAAAUUUACCAAACGAGAGAAAACACUGCUUGAAGAAAUUGCCCUGUUACACAGCGACGUACAAAUACAAGCUUUGAAAUUCCAGCAGAAAUUGAACCUCUAUCGUCUCCAGUUGAAUAAUAUCUCACUAUUGAAUAACAAUAACAAUAAUAAUAAUAAUAAUAAUAACAACAACAACAACAACAACAACAACAACAACAACUGCAAAGACAAUAAUAACUGCAAGCGUUAUAACAAUAUCAACUUCAGUAACAAAUGUAUUGGAACUAAAGACUACGGCAUCGUCACCAUCAACAGCAGCAGCUACUGCAUCGGUGACAGUAGCAGCAACAACGGCGGUGACAAUACCAAGGAAGCUAGCAGUGGAAUCAGUAGUAUUAGUAGUAGUAGUAGUAGUAGUAGCAGCAGCAGUAGUAGUAAUAGUAGUAGUAGUAGUAGUAGUAGCGGCAGUAGUAGUGGCGGUGGUGGCGGUGGUUGUGAUACUAUCAGCAGUAGUUGUAGUAGUGGUAGUAGUGGUUGUCAAUCUAACUAUAACAGUGACCAACAACAACAACAACAAAAGAGUCAAUCGGAGCCGAAAGUGACUCUACUUUUACAGAGGGACAAAGGGGCUCUCGGAUUUAACAUAAUGGGCGGCUCUAACCCUGAGAAAAGUAACAAGAAUGCCUCAGACGGUAUUGUCAUAACACGGGUUAGCGAAGGUGGAGCUGCCAGCAAGAGAGGACUAAAACCUCACGACCAGAUACUUAAGGUAAAUGGACAAGAUCUUUCACAAUCGACUCAUGAAGAAGCUGUCGAAGCUUUUCGAAGUGCAAAAGAACCCAUUGUGGUAGAAGUACUGAGGAGAGCAAACAAGGCUAAAAUGAAAAGUCGGUCUCCAACGAUGGUAUCCGUUGGAACACAGACCGAGGAGGAGAUUUUCUGCAGCAAUGAGAGUCCUCCCACUCCACCACCUGGAUUUUAUGCUUUCAAUGGCUCUGGAUUAUAUCAACCAUCUUCACGACGUCCCGUAGCCUUUUCACCAAGUGCUGAUAUGGGAUUAACGGAUAUUGAAAUGGCUCAUGCAUAUGAAUUUGAAGACCCUUAUUUUGAUGAUGAUCGGGCAUAUGAUAUGGAAUAUGAGGAAGUAAUCCUUCAUCGAGAUAAUAAUGAAAAGUUGGGCCUAACUCUUUGUUAUGGAUCCUUGGACGAUGACAUGACUGAUAUAUUUAUUGGUGAGGUUGAGAGUGAAAGUAUUGCUGCCAAAGAUGGUCGAAUCCACCCUGGGGAUCAAAUUCUGCAGAUCAAUGGUGUUGAACUUCAUGGUCGAAACCAAGCAAUUAAACUUUUUUCAGAGUCCACAUUGGAUAUCUGUCUUCUUGUUGCUCGCCAUCAAAUCCAGGUCACUGCCUGGAAUCGAACUCAGAAUCUUGAGAUGGAUGAUGGAUUUAUGGAUGAGCACAACAUGGUGCUGGAUGAUAUUUUAGAGGAGCAACAUCACGAAAAAAUGCAGUUCAUGGCAGGAAUGCUCAAUGAGGUUCAUAUGGAUGAAGAAGGUGCUACAACAGAUACAGGAAUGACAGAAAAUUCGUGCCUGAAGCUGGAGAAAGAUAGUGGAGUGGGACGUACUGAUGAAAGCACAAAAAAUGAAGAAAGUUCAGAGCAGGAAAACUUUGACGGGGAAAGUGUGUGUCCAGCAAGUUUGCAAUUUGGUACAGAAGGAGAAUUUCGACAACGUCAUGAAAGCUUUACUUCAACAGACCAAGACUAUGUCAGCCAUGAAAUACCUGUUGAUGUAUGUGACAGGUUCCGAGAAGUGCUAGAGGAUCGCUGUGGCAGUCCUCGUAAAGAAAGGAGCCGCAAGGAUUCCCAGGGUAGUAUCAACCGUGAGUUGGCCAUGCUUGAUAAAGAAAUGAAAGAAAUUCAAAUGGAAUGCCAAGAACUUGUCCGUGCACAUAUGAGAGAGCAACAAAAAAUACAGCUUCAACAGAGAGAAAUGUUACGAUAUGAACCACAAAGGAGUCCCCGUAUUGUACCCAGAAUGGGAACAAGAUUGGAGUACAUAAAGCAUACAGGUCUUACCCAUGAGCAAGCAGAGAGCAGUAAUAAUGCUCGCAAAGAAAGCAAUCAAACCCCCAAACUCAUUCCCCAAUCUAUGAUAACUGAUAAAGAGAAGGACCCAGCUACGACUAGUGCCUAUAAUUCAGGUGAGAGCUGUCGUAGCACACCGUUGACCCUCGAGUUGAACCAGGUGUCAGACGACAGCGAUAAAGGACUGCGUAACUCUAUGUUGUGUCUUGUGCCACCAGCUGGCCGAACGUCAGGUAGCGACACAGAAAAGCAGACACAGACACCCACUAAAGCCAAUGAUCAUUCAAGCGAUGACAGUCUGAAAUUUAAAAAGAAUUUAUCUUUUACCCAAAAUUCGUCCAAAGUCAAUCAUAGGUCAGGUAACCUAAAAAGUUGCGAAAGCAUGGGGGAGUCAUUACAAGACAUUUAUAUGCGUUACUCUGAUGUCAUGUACACUAACCAUGCCAAUUUGGAACAUACUAUUGCUAUUCAACAGAAACUUUUCCAACAGCAGCUGGAGCAACGCUCUCGCAUAAAAGGUCAUAGCAGCAGCGGGGGUCGCGGUUCCGAUGGUCAGCAGGGUGAGGCUUGUGCUGGUGCACAAUCAUCUGAUGGCUGCCAAAUGGAAUGGGUGGUGAAGCGUCGGCCAGAUGGUACUCGUUACAUAACACGGCGUCCAAUUCGCAAUAAGAUGUUGAAAGAACGGGCUAAAAAGAUUUCAGAAGAGCGUGCAGGCAUGACAACAGAUGAUGAUGCAAUGAGCGAAUUAAAAGUUGGGCGUUACUGGCCGAAAGAGGAACGUAAGAAACACAUUGAGAAAGCACGUGAUCAGAAACGUAAGAAAGAAUUGAUGAUGAAAGCCAAAAUGGAAACCUUAAAGGAAGAAGACAAAAAAGAGGUGAACAUUCUAGAAUUGAGUCAUAGAAAAAUGUUAAAACAUAAAGGCAAAAAAGUGCUAGAUGAUUUUGUAACUGUACAGGAGAUGUUAGCCCAUGGCAGCCGAGUAGCUGAAGGCAAAACCUACAAUCCUUUACUCUCAGUAACAACUGUGUGAUAAAAAAAAAAAAAAAGACAAAACAAGUUUUAUAGAUAUACAUGCAUACUUACACAUAAAUAUAUAUAUAUAUAUAUAUAUUACAAACACACAUAUACAAUGCAUAUAUACUUACAUAUACACUUUUUAAAAAAGAAAAUAAAACAUGCAAAAACAGACCAAUGGAAACAUAGAAACAGUAUAUAGAAAUUGUAAUAAUUAAACGAAGAGAAAGAAAAAUUUAAACCAUAACAAUCAUAAAUAGUGAAGUUACUUCACUAGGAACAUGGCCAAUUUUGUACGGUCAUUUGAAUUGAUGCCAGUAUAUUACUGGUAUAAAAUAAUGAUAAUAAUAAUGAUGUUGAUCGUUUCUAACACAAAUGCUAAAGUAUCAAUGGAACAGAGCUUCUAAAAGUAAAAAUUUCAAGAAAAAAAAAAAAAAAAAUCAAAUUAAUAUUGCCUGCACAAUAUUAUGCACUGCAUUGCCAAAA